AUGCCCCCCAAGCGCAAGGCGACUGAUAGUGGCCGGUCCAACAGCUCUUCGAAGCGACCUACGCCAGUGCCCGAUGCUACGGACAUCUCCAGUAGCGACGAAUACUCGGACCAGGACGAUGGCGAUGUGCCGGAGGAGCAUAACCUGAAAGAGGUCGUCAGCAAGUUCUCGCUUGCAUCCUUCAGCAAACGGUCUCAAUUAGACAAAACCGAUCCCAGAUUUGGCUACAAAGACCUUUCUUCCCUCCCACUCAAGCUUGACCACUAUAAUCGCCCUCUAUGGAUCGAGCCGGUGAAAGGCACGAUCACUCUCGAGAGCUUCUCUCCCCUGGCACCCCAGGCUCAGGAUUUCCUUACCACUAUCGCGGAACCGCUUUCUCGUCCGACCCACCUUCACGAAUACCGCCUAACGGGCCACAGUUUGUAUGCGGCGGUAUCGGUGGGCUUGAAACCGCAGGAUAUUGUCGCUUUUUUGGACCGUCUGUCCAAGACGCCACUGCCGGAAAGCAUUCGAUCCUUCAUCAUUGAGUUCACCAAAUCCUACGGUAAAAUCAAGAUGGUCCUACGACAUAACCACUACUAUGUGGAAACUACAGAUCCUGAAAUGCUGCAACGACUUCUGAAAGAUGAGGUUAUAGGUCCGCAACGGAUUGAGAGCACGGAGGGUAUCAUCGAGCGAGCGGCCCCGAAGAUGGGAGGUCUUGUUAUUCCUGGUACCAAAGAUGCGGCUGGUGUAAGAGAGACUGGUAAUCAGCAGGAGGCCUCCGCUGCACCCCGGGAUGACAACCAGGAGCAAGCUGUGGAUUAUGGAAUAGACGAUGUCGGAGAGGACGAUAACGAAGAAGCUACCACAUACAGUUUCGAAAUCCCCCCGGCCGGUGUCGAAGUGGUCAAAGCUCGCUGCCAAGCGAUUGGGUGCCCGGCUUUGGAAGAGUACGAUUUCCAGGGCGACACUGUGAACCCCAAUCUCGACAUGGAUUUGAAGCCCGCUGCCAGAAUCCGUUCAUACCAGGAGAAGAGUCUUAGUAAAAUGUUUGGAAAUGGACGCGCCAAAAGUGGUAUCAUCGUUUUGCCGUGUGGUGCUGGAAAAACGUUGGUCGGCAUUACCGCAGCGGCAACGAUCAAGAAGGGCACAAUUGUGCUCUGUACCAGUUCCAUGUCCGUGGUUCAAUGGCGAAACGAGUUCUUGCGCUGGACCACCAUCGACCCUAGUGAUAUCGCCAUCUUCACGUCCGACCACAAGGAGAAAUUCAAGCGGUCUACUGGAAUCAUCGUCUCCACCUACUCAAUGGUGUCACAGACUCGAGCACGUUCCUACGAUGCCCAAAAGAUGAUGGACUGGCUUCAGUCUCGUGAAUGGGGUAUGAUGAUUCUUGACGAGGUGCACGUCGUGCCCGCGUCGAUGUUCCGUAAGGUGACAUCGGCGAUUGCUGCACAGAGCAAACUCGGUCUUACUGCAACUCUGCUGCGUGAAGAUGACAAGAUCAAGGACUUGAAUUUCCUGAUCGGACCGAAGCUGUACGAAGCGAACUGGAUGGAACUUGCCGCGCAGGGCCAUAUCGCCAAGGUGCAAUGUGCCGAGGUGUGGUGUCCCAUGACAACCGAGUUUUAUUCUGAAUAUCUGCGAGAGAGCUCGAGGAAACAGGCUCUACUCUACAUUAUGAACCCACGCAAGUUCCAGGCUUGUCAAUUCCUGAUCGACUUCCACGAGAAGCGAGGCGACAAAAUCAUUGUCUUCUCCGACAAUGUCUACGCGUUGGAACGCUACGCACUCAAACUGAACAAGGCGUAUAUCUAUGGUGGAACUCCACAGAACGAGCGAAUGCGUAUUUUGGAGAACUUUCAGCACAACGAGCAGGUCAACACCAUAUUCCUGUCCAAGAUUGGUGACACCUCCCUGGAUUUGCCCGAAGCUACGUGUCUGAUUCAGAUUUCGUCUCACUACGGUUCACGUCGUCAGGAAGCGCAGCGACUGGGUCGAAUCCUGCGGGCCAAACGCCGAAACGAUGAGGGCUUCAAUGCCUUCUUCUACUCUCUCGUGUCCAAGGACACUCAUGAGAUGGUGUAUUCGGCCAAGCGCCAGGCUUUCCUGAUUGACCAAGGCUACGCCUUCAAGGUCAUCACCCAUUUGCAGGGCAUUGAUAACUACGAUGGGUUGUCAUAUGCGACACCCGCAGAACGUCGAGAGCUCCUCCAAGAAGUCAUGCUGCAGAAUGAGUCCUCUGCCGACGUGGAACAAGUCACCGAUGACCUCUUCUCCAUGCGUUCUGCAGGCAAGCGCGCCGGUGGGAAGAAACCGAGCGCGAAGCGUAGCGCAGCCACUCUCAGUGGACUCGCUGGUGGCGAUGAUAUGGCUUACAUUGAAUACAACAAGAGCAAGAACAAACAGCUCAAGGAAAAGGCGGGUCAUCAUCCGCUCUUCAUGAAGAUGAAGCGAGACCGCGAGCGUCGAAAGAAGGAGAUGGCCUCGAUGAAGGAUUAA